GUAACGGUUUUGCAACUAUGUAAAUAUUGAAACAGUAUAUAAACAAUAAUCUUAGAGCUGUUCAUCACUUCCAUGCUGAAGCUACUGACUGAAAAGAUGAAAAUGAAGCUAUUCAAUGUGUCUACACUUCUUUGUGCAAUGACUGCUCUGACCACUGCUGCUACUCUGCCAGAUAAAGAGGUCAGCAGUGGUGCAAAGGGAUUCAUCCCAAGAGCAAAGCGUGACCUAAUCAAGACAUCCUGUUGUUGUCCUCAUGGCUGGACUGAGUUUAAAGAUCGCUGCUUUGUUUACGUUCCAACAUCCAUGACUUGGCCUAGAGCUGAGAGAAACUGCUUGUCCAUGGGCGCAAACCUUGCAUCUGUGCACAGCAGCAGUGAAUACCAUAUGAUUCAGAAGAUGACUGCUCCUCAUGGCUACCAAACAACUUGGGUUGGAGGAACCAAUGCACCAGGGGAGCAUAUUUGGUUUUGGAGUGAUGGGAGGCCUUUCCAGUACACAAACUGGUGCCCAGGAGAGCCCAUUAGUGGUUCCCGUCCAUUUUGCCUACAGAUUAAUUAUAGUGAUGGCAAAUGCUGGGAUGAUGUGUGGUGUGAUAAUCUCCGUCCUUCUGUCUGUGCCAAGAAGAGAUCAGGACUCCUGGACUGACACUUACACAAGAAAUUUGAAUCAAAACAGCAGACUGAAAUACAAUGUUUCUGUUUUGCUCCUAUAUCUUUAUGUGCAGCAUUCUAUUUUCCUCUCUGUUUAACACUUAAACAACAAAAUCACAAGUCAACAGAAGUGUGAUUGUGUCAUCAGUAGACUGAUUUUUACCAUGUUUCUUUGUAUUGUCU